AUGGACGGCUCCUACCUCAUCGGUGAGGCGCCCGGCUUGCGCAACUAUUUUGUCGCGGCCGGCAUGAACUCGUCGGGUAUCGCGAGCGCAGGGGGGGCCGGCUACCACGUCGCCGAGUGGGUCGCGCGGGGCACCCCGGCGAACCACCUGUGGAGCGUGGACGUUCGGCGCGUGCACGGGUUCAUGACGAACCAGAGGUACCUCGGCGAGCGCGCAGGCGAGAGCCUGGGGGACCACUACCGCAUGAUCGCCCCCAAGCACGAGAGGUCGACGGCUCGCGGCGUGCGGCGCAGCCCGCUGUUCGGGGCACUGGCGGCCCGGGGGGCCCGCUUCGGCCAGAAGGCCGGCUGGGAGCGCCCGAACUACUUCUGCCCGUCGGGGCCCUCCGAGGCGGGGCCCUUCGUGGGCCCGGGCCUGCAGCCCGGCACCUGGGGCGAGGCGGCGUGGAUGGGCCCCGCGGCCGCGGAGCACCGCGCGUGCCGGUCCGAGGCCGCCGUCUUCGACACGUCCUCGUUCGCGAAGCUCCUGGUGGUCGGCGACGAUGCGGCGGCCUGCCUGUCGGCCCUCUGCGCCAACGAGAUUCGCGGGAGGGCCGGGUUCGCGACGUACACUCAGAUGCUGAACGAGCGUGGCGGCAUCGAGGCGGACGUGACGGUGAGGGAGGUGGCCCCCGGGCAGUGGCUCCUGCUGACGGGCACGGACAAGGGCGUCAGAGACAAGGCCUGGAUCGAGUCCCUGGCCGGCGGCCGCUCCGUCCGCGUCCUGGACGUCACCUCCAUCUGGGCGCCGCCAGAGGUGGCCUCGGCCCUGGGUGGCUCCGGCUUCCCGGCCAACUACCUCCUUAUAGGUGGCUCCAGUUCCCCAGCCAUCAACUGGACCCCAUCUUUGAACCAUCGAUCCUUUGUGGCAUGGGCCGCCGGCCACCCCUGGGGGCACGCCUGGCCCGUGUACUCCGUGCUGGCCCUGAUGGGGCCGCUGUCGCCGCAGGUCCUGGCCCGCGCGGCCGGGCUCUCUGGCGAGGAGGCGCGCGCCGCGCUCGGCGGCUGGAAGCCCAACGAGGCGCGGGAGCUGGACCUCGGCCUCGCGCGCGGCGUGGCGGUCCGAACCAGCUACGUCGGCGAGCGCCAGGGGUGGGAGCUGCACGUCGAGGCCGACGUCGCGGACCACGUGUACCAGGCCCUGCACGAGGCCGCGGCGGCGCCGCCCGCGCUGCCGCUGCGCGACGCGGGCUACCACGCCAUCGACUCCCUGCGCAUCGAGGCUGGGCGCCUGGCCUGGCGCCACGAGCUGACGCCCGACGAGACGCCCCUGGAGGCAGGAUUGGGCUUUGCCGUGCGGCUCGGGAAGGAGGGCGGCUUCCUCGGGGAGCAGGCGCUCGCAUCUCAGAAGGCGCAGGGCGUCCGGCAGCGGUGCUGCCUCUGGGCGGUGGGCGGGGACGCGGCGCCCUUCGUCUGGGGAGGCGAGCCGAUCCUCGCGGACGGCGCCUACACGGGGCAGAACGUGACCAGCGGUGCCCGUGUGCCUGCGGCGGCCGAGGGCCUGCGGACCCUGGCGAUGGGCUACGUCGCCGCGGACGAGGCCGGCAUCCUGGACGAGGCCUGGUUGUCGCGGCGCCGGUUCGAGGUCGAGGUGGGCAACCAAAGGUACCCGGCCGUGCCUCGGCUGCUUCCAGCGCGAACUUGCCGGAAAUGA